UAGCCAUGUUGGCUCAAGCCGCUCAACAGCGAGCGACAGCCCUGUUGUUCAAACUCGUUCGGCGAUGGCCUUUCCGUUUGUAGCUGCAGUCUUCGCUCGUUGUGCUUGAGAUGACUGUUCGGGGGGGCGCGGGUGAUGCGCGCCCCGUGUCCGAUGAUGCUGUUGCCCAUCGCCGCACGGCUGCUGAACGUCGUGAACGCCGAGAGUGGGCCCGCAGGUCUGCCGAUCGGGCGAUCAGCUGAGGGUGCAUAAAGACCAGGUGUGAGCGUCUUUGAGCUCCUGCUUCCCAUCUUCUGGGUGAGCCGGCACUGGCAGAUCGUAGAUUGGCUCUUGCACCGGCUCUGUCAGACCUGCUCCAGGGUCGGCCGGCCGAUCGUGCUGCGGUCCUUCGGAGACGCGUGGCUUUGUAUUCUGCGGUGCAGCCUGGUGGUUGGGUAUCUUCGGCCGCGGUGGCGGAGCUCAAGCACAUGCAGAAGGGACCUCGUCUGCCUUUGCCUUCGGUGCUGAAUCCUGAUGCGGUUCCUUUCAUCCCUUGCGGUGGGUGGGAAUCGAUCGACGGCAGCGUGACGGAGUCAGGUCGCGAGGGCAACGUGGCUCAGCCCCAGGGGGAGACUUGCCCCUGUGUUGGCUCUGGCCUUGGGGGCGGAGCAGCAACACCACGGCAGUGCGUCGACGAAGUGAUGGACAACCGCCUGCAGGUGCAGGUGUGCGGUCGGGUUUGGUGGCAGGCGCGUGCGGCCACUGCCGCCGGCUGGCUCACGUUUUUGGUUUCUCGCCAUGUUGCCGCGGUCCCGCUUCGCUCGGGGGGAAGGGGGUCCGUUCCUGACGACGGUUCCCGUGAUGGCGGGCUCUAUGUGUUUUGCCCCACCCAGCCACUCAAGUUCGUUCGUGGUUCGGCGCGCUGGUAUGACUCGAGCUCCACAUCCAGCACCGAUUGUACCAGGACGAGGGGGAGAUGCAGGAGAGGGAAGAAGCCGCCAUCUUCGAUGAGGGCUGCCGCCAGGGAGCCAGCUCGUGAUGGUUGCAAGCAGUCUUGAGCCUUCUCGUCCCAUGUUGCCAUCCCUUGUCGCCGCAUGUGGAUAGCAGGUUGCGAGUCUGUUUGUGCGGUCGAGGUGUGAGCUGUGUUGAUUGCGCUGCCUGCGCUCUCGGUCUCAGCGUAGUUUUGUCGUCGUACUGUUUUCGCUACCUCACGUCGGGCGUGCCGGUGGUGGAGUCUCGAGACCAACGGGAGACCA